CUAAGGGGACGGGGCAAGUGCCGGUAGCUCCUCCUCUGUUGAAAGCGCGUCGGCCUGUGACUGGUAGGAGCCGGCUGUGAGCAGGGAGGGAUGCAGUUUGGCAGCCGCAGAGAUGUCUACCUUGAUGAGGCCCAAUAAUAUUUCGGACCUGAAGAGUUUCCCUUGUCCCAUUCCGUCACAAAGUAAUCCUUCAUCAAGUUCAUUUAUGAAUGAAAUGUGUUGCCAGGCUCCACCAGCCUUCUAUUCAGUGAAACCCACCCAGCAUAAACCAGAGAUAAUCAACAGCCAGCCUCUUCCCAUAUCAGACAAUGGCAAAAGGAAAAAGAAAAAGAGGACAAGAGCUACAGAUCAUUUCCCUGGAAGAUUUGAAGAUUUGUAUAAGCUCACAGCAGAGAUGCUUGGUGAGGGUUCCUAUGCCAAGGUGCAGGGAGCAGUUAGCCUGCAGACUGGAAAGGAAUAUGCGGUUAAGAUAAUUGAAAAAAAUGCAGGACACAGUCGAAGUCUGGUAUUUCGAGAAGUGGAAACAUUGUAUCAGUGUCAGGGCAAUAAGAACAUUUUGGAAUUAAUAGAGUUUUUUGAAGAUAAUGUAAGGUACUACCUUGUAUUUGAAAAACUGCGAGGAGGUUCUAUCCUGACCCAUAUACAGAAGCAAAAACACUUCAAUGAGAGAGAGGCCAGCCGGGUGGUGAGGGACAUUGCCUGUGCACUGGAUUUCUUGCACACAAAAGGUAUUGCACAUCGAGAUCUAAAACCUGAAAAUAUACUCUGUGAAUCUCCCAAUAAGGUCUCACCUGUAAGAAUUUGUGACUUUGAUCUUGGAAGUGGGGUAAAACUCAACAGUGCAUGUACUCCAAUCACUACUCCUGAAUUGACUACUCCGUGUGGAUCUGCAGAGUACAUGGCGCCUGAGGUAGUGGAGGUCUUUACAGAAGAAGCCACAUUCUAUGACAAGCGAUGCGAUCUGUGGAGCCUGGGUGUGAUUUUGUAUAUCAUGCUAAGUGGCUACCCUCCCUUUGUGGGUAACUGUGGUACAGACUGUGGCUGGGACAGGGGAGAAAUCUGCAAAGUUUGUCAGAGUAAGCUUUUUGAGAGUAUCCAGGAAGGCAAGUAUGAGUUUCCUGACAAGGAUUGGUCUUGCAUCUCCAGUGAAGCCAAGGAUCUCAUCUCAAAGCUUCUGGUUCGUGAUGCCAAACUGAGGCUUGGGGCUGCUCAGGUUCUAGAACAUCCAUGGGUACAAGGUCAUGCUUCUGAGAGAGGAUUGCCUACACCUCAGGUUCUUCAAAGGAACAGCAGCACAAAAGACUUGACCCUUUUCGCCGCUGAAGCUAUUGCUCUGAACCGCCAGCUCUCCCAGCACGAGAAUCAACUCAGUGAAGAGCAGGAGAGUCUCACACAGGCCAUAUGCUCCAUGAAGCUUUCUCCUCCCUCUAAAUCCCGCCUUGCCAAGCGCAGAGCCAUGUCUCAGGCUACCAAAUCGAGUGACUUCCAGCCAGCUCCUCAGGCAGUUCUUUAAUGUGCAUUUUAUGUUUGUUAGUUCAAGGUCAGCUUUGGUUAUGAUUGUUAUGAAGUACUCAUCAGCAUAUUAGUGGCUUCUUUACAACAAAAGACUAGAACAAACCUUGUAGGGGAGUGAUGUAAAGGACAGUCUCUUUGGAAAUGCUUUUUUCAAAAUUGAUAAAUGCACUGAAUUCUGUGAAGUUCUUAGAUGAAACUGCUGCUCUGUUGCAAUAUAGCAAAUCCCUUAGGCAACAUUUGCACAACGUCCUCCAAAACCAGAGGAUACAUUUCUGUCACCAAGCCUUGUGACUAGUAGAAGUAGAGCUGUGAAUUUAAAGCGUCUUGAAGGAGCUUUUGGUACUUUUACAACUCCAAGUCCCUACUCUCAGUCACAAAAAUAUUAUGAUGGGUUUCCUUUAAAGAAGCUUCAUUGUUCUGCAUUUUUAGCUUUCUUUGUCAAUUAAUAGUUUGAGUUAAACCUCAAAGUACAUGAAUAAUAAUUCCUCUUUAUUGUUUGGGUUUCUUCUUAUGUUACCCUUUGUAACAUUACAAGGAUGUCUAUUUAAGAAUGAAAGUUACGUAAUCUGGAGUUUCCUUCCUUUCAUCUGAAAGAGUGCAGUACAUGAAAGUGCAAUGAUAGUAGGAAGCGCUGCAUUUGUUUGGAAACUGUCUACAAUAAAAAGAAGUGAUGACGGAUCUUCUAGCUGAAGAGCUGGCAAGGCAUGGACUCCUUGCUAUACUUUGGCAGAGAAUGAAGUGUGAACUUCCAUAUCAAUCUGUUUAAAGCAAGGAAUUAAUGCAUUUAAAAAAUACUUCCUUGAUGUGUUCCCACACCGUACGCAUGGAACCAAGAAUGGGGUUUGGUGCCAGUCCAUCAUCCUUGGUCUUUUGAAUCAUCAUUCAAAUCAUUACUCUGCAUCUGCUGUUGGAGACCACCACUGUAUUCAGUUAAAUGUAAUUAGUGCUCACGUUCAGCUUGAGAAUAGAGGAAGUGGUUGGCGCACAUGGACCAUGUGUCCUUUUCUAAGACUUUGUAAUUCCUCAGCUGGGCUCUGGUCACCUUGAAUACUUGAGAAAAGGAGUCAGAGGAGCACUUAAUUGAUAACUGUGAAAUAUUUAACUAUGUGCCAUUUUGAUCAAUUUUCCUAUCUCUGUACGAAAGAAGAUAGAUCGACAGAGCUGGAUAAACCAGCAUAAGGUUGUCUUAGGCUUGGAGUGGUUCUUGCUGUUGUGACAUAUAUUCCAUAGUCUACCUUAUGUAAGGACAAUAAAGGUGAAAGAGGAAAGAGGAAUUUUAAUAGCCAGAUAAACAUUUUCUCAUCAGUUGCAAAUAAUUGCUCAUCUGCUGUGUUAGGCCUCUCAUACACACAUUCAGACAGACACACACACACAUACAAAUUGAGCAGUCUUACAUCUUGAACCUUGAAGGACCUACUACAGUGUAGUUUUGGGUGGCAAGACAAGUUAGAGGCACAAAGUCAGGUUUUUAUUUUAAAAUAGAGCAUACUAUUGUGGUUUAAGUUCUCUUGAAAUGGUGUGAUCACCCAUGAUUACAAUAGACAUUUUAAACUUACAUUUAGGGAUUGAACAACUUUACAAAUCCUUGGAAAGCUAUUCAUCUCAUGGAAAUUCAUUAAAAAAAACAAAAAACAAGAUGAAAAUUUAGGCCAGUGCAUUAUAUGAAGCAGGAAUUAUUUAAUUUUUGAAGAUCAGCAUUAACACUGAAGGAGUAGGAAGUAAGAUAAAUCCAAUAACUUUAGAAGGAUAUAAAUUGAGGUGGUCCAAACUUUGCCUGUCAAACAGCUUCACAUUUUGCCUUUAAAUACAGUUUAUAUAUUCUAUACACUUUUAAUUUAGUGAAUACUGAUGAUAUAAUAUGUAGAAUGGGUGCUAUGCUUAAGGUUUUUAAUGUAUUGUACAUUUAAUAACAUUGGUUUUUAAGUACUGUUAAAUUACUGUUACAUUUGUAAUGUACUCUCUGGUGAACUGUAAACGCAUUGGAUAAACUCAGGAAAUAAUAUCUCCAUAUGACAUAUUAAUACAGUGUAAUGCAAAUUAAAUUUGUCUGAUUUCUAAA